CAUUUCCGUCGGCCGGUAGAGACAGAUCAGAUCCGAUCGCGGGACUGAGAGCGUCGACGGCUAGCAGCCAUGGUGCACGUCUCCUUCUAUCGCAACUAUGGGAAGACUUUUAAGAAGCCUCGCCGUCCCUAUGAGAAGGAACGAUUGGAUGCUGAACUGAAGCUUGUUGGAGAGUAUGGGCUCCGCUGCAAGAGGGAGCUUUGGAGGGUCCAGUAUGCUCUUAGUCGCAUUCGUAAUAACGCAAGAAUGCUUUUGACCCUUGAUGAGAAGGACCCACGUAGGAUUUUUGAGGGUGAAGCCCUUCUGAGGAGGAUGAACAGGUAUGGACUAUUGGAUGAGAGCCAGAACAAGCUCGAUUAUGUGUUGGCCUUGACUGUUGAAAACUUCCUUGAGCGCCGCCUCCAAACACUUGUGUUUAAGACGGGUAUGGCAAAGUCAAUCCACCAUGCCAGAGUGCUUAUUAGGCAGAGGCAUAUCAGGGUUGGGAGGCAGGUCGUCAAUGUUGCCUCCUUUAUGGUGAGAGUGGACUCACAGAAGCAUAUUGAUUUCUCUCUUACAAGUCCUUUUGGUGGCGGGCGCCCUGGUAGAGUGAAGCGAAAGAACAUGAAGGCAGCUGCGAAGAAGGCUGCUGGUGGAGAUGGAGAUGAAGAAGAUGAAGAAUGAGGCAUCAUGUGCUAUGUAAUUGGUGAUGGUAAGUUUAGGAAGCAUAGCAUGGCCGGGAGUUUCUAUUUACCUGCGUAGUUUUUUACUGAAUCAUGGUUGGUUUCUUUGAGAACCUUCUAUGCUAGUAAGUUUUGAAUGCUUUAUGUUUUUGCUUUUGAGUGUCAUUUAUGAAGCCCUUGUCGUUCUAUUAAAUUUUGUGAUGAUAUACAAGAUCUGGCAAUACUUGGUUUCUAUGAAUGAGCUGGACAAUCUUAAUGAACAUUGGAACAUAAUUUUCUGCCCACCCAAUCUGGAAAUGAGAGUGC